AAGGCAGGAGAGGAAUGCUUCGUUCACAUGGCAGGGUUCUGUUCGUAAAACAUGGUUAUUAUAUAUAUAUUUUUUUUUAUUAGAAACUAAUGCCUUUUAGAUAAGGGUGAUAAACCAUGUAGGUUUAAUGUGUUAAUGUUUUACUGUUUCCACAUUUUACGCUUUAUUAGCUGACGCUCAUUACUCACAGGGCAUUUAGAGCUUUAUAAACUAAACUAAAUGCAAUGAGCAAUUAGCUGAAUGUAAAGACAACAAUAUGAGGAACAGAAGUGGUGGCUACAUGGAUCAGCGACUCAAACAGAGAGUUGAACAGUACCUGAAAUCCCAAAACAGCCGGUAUGUUGAUGUUGCCGAAAUGGCCGCAGACCUUCAGCGACAGUACAGGCUGGAUUAUGGUCGAAGGAACAAAACAGCUUUUAGGAUACAAGUUGAAAAAGUGCACAUGGUAAUAUGUAAGGAGUCUGGGCUCUCGGCACUGGAAGACAAGCACUUGGCUAAAAGAGCAAGACGCAGUAAAGAGGAUGAUGGUGAGGACAUCAGUGUGACGAGUGACAGCACAGACAGCGAGGCAGAUUUCUCUGAAAAUGAGAACACCAAUCACAUGAACAACUCGCUGAUGUCCCUGUAUGGCAAGGGGAAUCCCGAGAACGGAAGCUCUUCAAGGGAGCAGGGCAGCAGUAGCAGUUGUACCCCUCAUUGCUCCACCACCACUGUCUCUGUAAGUGGCUGGUUCAUUGAUAAAGCCGGAAAAAAAGAUCAGGAAAACAUCCUGAUUGACCUGUGUAAGGAAGAGGUGUUGAAAAUGCCCCAACAAAGAGAUCAGUACCCUGGAGGGAUCAUUUGGAGUGAAGGUAAAAGUAAAGACGUAGACACGGACAUCGAGGAAAGCGUCAUGUCAGAAAAAGCCCGCACCAGACCUCCUGAACUUCAACAUUCUACAGUCAACUUUGAAGACGUUGACAGUAAUGAAGAAACUCUGACGAAAGACACCGAUUUGUCAGUGCUAGAGCCUGAAAGGAAGCCAAGGAAAAGCAAGAAGAGAGAAAAAAGAAAAGUCCAGAGAGAAGGUGAAAAUAAAGACGUAGACGCAGACAUCGAAGCAAGCGUCAUGUCAAAAAAAGCCCGCACCAGACCUCCUGAACUUCAACAUUCCACAGUGAAAUUUGAAGACGUUGGCGGUAAUGAAGAAACUCUGACGGAGUUGUGUAAAUUGCUCAUCCAUAUGCGGCAUCCUGAAGUGUACCAGCAGCUAGGAGUGGUGCCUCCACGAGGUUUCCUUCUUCACGGACCGCCCGGCUGUGGAAAAACCCUCCUCGCCCAAGCUGUCGCUGGGGAAAUGGAUCUGCCUAUAUUGAAAGUCUCUGCUCCUGAGCUGGUGUCGGGCAUUUCAGGGGAAUCUGAGCAGAAACUCCGUGAGCUGUUUGAGCAAGCUGUGAGCGGUGCUCCCUGCAUUCUGUUCAUUGAUGAGAUUGAUGCCAUCACCCCAAAGAGAGAGGUGGCCUCCAAAGACAUGGAAAGACGAAUUGUUGCUCAGUUACUCACCUGCAUGGACGACUUGAAUUCCUUACACAUCCCAGCACAGGUCUUGGUUAUUGGAGCCACCAACCGGCCUGAUUCUCUAGAUCCAGCUUUGAGAAGGGCAGGACGUUUUGACCGAGAAAUCUGUCUGGGAAUACCGGACGAAGGAGCACGUUUCAAAAUUCUUAAUACUCUUUGUCGGAAGCUUAAGCUGCCAACAGACUUUGACUUUGCACAGCUGGCACGACUCACACCUGGGUACGUUGGCGCAGACCUGAUGGCACUGUGCCGUGAGGCAGCCAUGACUGCUGUUAACCGGGUCCUGCUGCAGCAGCUUGAGACUGGGACUACGUGUCAGAACAUCACUGACGUCCAGAAUGAUGUCAGUGCAACGUCCCAAGAUAUGAACGUGUCUAAUGGUGUGGCACAAGAGAAUGGACAGACUCCUGAUGAUUUAAGUGUACAGGUACCUCAGAGGGAGCUAGAACAACUGCUUUCUCUUGUGAGGAAUAGCAAGUCUGUGAGCGAGGAACAGCUUGCUGAUGUCUGCAUUGUCAUGGAUGACUUCAGGACGUCACUGGCACGGGUCCAACCAUCUGCCAAGCGUGAAGGCUUCGCCACUGUGCCCGAUGUCACGUGGGAUGACAUUGGUGCACUGCAAGACAUUCGUGAGGAACUCACUAUGGCCAUCUUGGCUCCUGUACGUAGUCCAGAUGAGUUCAAAGCUCUGGGUUUGAGUGCCCCUGCAGGAGUGCUGCUUGCCGGACCUCCGGGCUGUGGAAAGACCCUUCUUGCAAAAGCUGUUGCCAAUGAGUCUGGUUUAAAUUUUAUAUCCGUCAAGGGUCCCGAGCUGCUGAAUAUGUAUGUUGGUGAAAGUGAGCGGGCAGUUCGUCAGGUGUUCCAGAGAGGACAAAACUCAGCCCCAUGUGUGAUCUUUUUUGAUGAGAUUGAUGCCCUUUGCCCUCGACGUUCUGGCCAUGAGUCUGGAGCCAGUGUGCGUGUGGUGAACCAGUUGCUGACCGAGAUGGACGGGUUGGAGACACGCCGCCAGGUUUUCAUCAUGGCUGCCACCAACCGGCCAGAUAUCCUCGAUCCAGCGGUUCUACGACCAGGCCGUUUGGACAAAACGCUGUACGUGGGUUUGCCUCCACCAGAAGACAGACACGCCAUAUUACUCACUAUUACUAAGGGCGGAACUAAGCCUCGUCUGGAGUUCGAUGUGAACUUGGAGGAAAUUGCCCAUGACGAACAGUGUGACGGUUUCACGGGGGCAGACUUGUCUGCACUAGUUAGAGAGGCUUCUGUUAAUGCUUUAAGAGCCCACCUCUACUCUCAAACAGCUCUUGCACACCCAGGGCACACAUCCUCAUCCAGCUCCAUUAAAGACAUACGGGUCAGCAGGCAGAAUUUUGAAGAGGCUUUCAAGAAGGUGCGGCCAUCCGUGUCCAAAAAGGACCAGCUCAUGUACGAGAAGCUGCGAGAAUCUCUCACCAGAUAAUCCACGCUACUGAUGUACAGCAGGCAAGCUGGUGGUGAACUGUAUGUUGGUGGAUGCAGUCUUUUCUCAACUUUUUUUGGAUUGAUUCUAUAGAAAUUCUUCCAAUUACUUCAAUUCCAUGUUAAAAUAAAAAUUGAGGCAAAGUG